ACCUGUUACCUGCCUCGGACGGUGACACCAAAACGAUGACCUUCCUGCAGGAGGUGGUGGACAUCUUGCUGGCCUACAUAGUGGAGUCCUUCGACCGGGAAACGAAAGUCAUUGAUUUCCAUUAUCCCAACGAGCUGCUGCAGAUGAACAACUGGGAGCUGCAGGACGAGCCGGCCACCCUGGAUGAUGUCUUGAUCAGCUGCCGCGCCACUCUCAAAUACGCCAUCAAAACUGCCCACCCCAGGUACUUCAAUCAGCUCUCCACGGGAUUAGACAUGGUCGGACUGGCAGCCGAUUGGCUAACAUCCACCGCCAACACCAACAUGUUCACCUAUGAGGUGGCCCCAGUUUUUGUGCUGCUGGAAUACGUCACUCUGAAGAAGAUGAGGGAGAUCAUUGGCUGGCCCAACGGGCGAGGAGAUGGCAUUUUUUCACCUGGGGGGUCUAUUUCUAACAUGUACGCCAUGCUGUUGGCCCGCUUCAAAAUGUUCCCUGAGGUGAAAGAGAAAGGCAUGUCAUCCGUCCCCAGACUGGUGGCCUUCACGUCCGAACAUAGCCAUUUUUCAAUCAAGAAAGGAGCAGCUGCUCUUGGCAUUGGGACUGAAAGUGUGAUCUGCAUCAAAGUAGACGAAAGUGGUAAACUGAUCCCAGCUGACCUUGAAAGGAGAAUACUGGAGGCAAAACAGAAGGGCUUUGUUCCUUUCUUCGUGAGUGCAACAGCUGGAACAACAGUGUACGGGGCCUUCGAUCCUCUCGUCGCCAUCUCCGACGUCUGCAAAAAGUACAAYGUCUGGAUGCACGUGGACGGAGCGUGGGGAGGAAGUCUGCUCAUGUCCAGGAGACACCGGUAUAAGCUGAAUGGAGUUGAGAGGGCCAACUCUGUAACAUGGAACCCACACAAAAUGAUGUCGGUCCCUCUGCAGUGUUCGGCCCUGCUGGUCAGAGAGGAGGGUUUGAUGCAGAACUGCAACCAGAUGCACGCCUGCUACCUGUUCCAGCAGGACAAACAGUACGACCUGUCCUACGACACCGGGGACAAGGCGCUUCAGUGUGGACGCCAUGUGGACAUCUUUAAGCUGUGGCUCAUGUGGCGAGCUAAGGGCACCGUAGGCUUUGAGGCUCAAAUCGACAAGUGUUUGGAGCUGUCGGAGUACCUCUACAACAAGAUCAAAGACAGAGAAGGAUACGAGAUGGUCUUUCACGGGAAACCUCAGCACACCAACGUCUGCUUCUGGUACCUCCCCCCAGGGAUUCGCUACAUGGAGGACAAAGAGGAGAAAAAGAAGCGCUUGCACAAGGUGGCUCCAGUGAUAAAAGCCAGGAUGAUGGAGUACGGCACAACCAUGGUCAGCUACCAGCCACAGGGGGACAAGGUCAACUUCUUUCGCAUGGUAAUCUCCAAUCCAGCUGCUACCUUCGAGGACAUUGACUUCCUUAUCGAGGAAAUCGAGCGACUCGGCCAUGAUCUAUAAGACACCUCUCACCAAAUCCUCGUCCGACGUUCUCCCCUUUGGUGGAUGAAAUGUUUGUCAUGAAUGUACCGGUAACUAUUUUCUUUUCUCGCUUCUUUUCUCGUAGUCUCACAUUUAAGAGUUCGUCUGAGAAAAAGAUACAGAUAUACCCCUAUAUUAUGUACUGCAGCUUUUUUUGUGGACUGACUAGGUUCAAAGCUCUGUAAAAGCGCUUCUGUCUGCCUUUCUUAUCAUGUAGUAGCUGCAAGAUUAGUGUAUUUGGUGUACCUUUAUAUGUACUUUUUGUGAUAUGAAAUGCUUGUGCAAUAAGUCGAUGAGGAAGGCUUUUUAUUUUUGGAUUAUUCAUUUGCUGAGUAUGCUGUUAAGUGCCAACUGUUGUUGUGUUCUAUUGUAAAUUUAACAUUUGAAACUUCCAAUUUAAAACAAAACUAGCACUUAACCUUUACCUCAGCUUAAUCAACUGCCUGUACACAUGGAGAUAGUACUUUAAGUAGUGAUUUUGGACUAAACUUAUCUUAUUUAGUGUUGUAAAGCAGUACCAGCACAUGUUUAAGAUAUUUAUCAGACACAAAAAUAGGAUUAAAUACUUAGAAAAUAAAUAUAUAUGUAAGGAAGAUGAGGAGAGUAUUUCCUUUAAAAUAAAAUGACAGCAAAGUACAAAAAGUGAAUUUACAAUAUUUAAUAUGUCAGAUACUUUUCACUCUUGACUCUUGUUCAUAAGUGUUUAAAAUUGUACAAAUGACUAUCGCCCAUACCAGAUUCUUAGCUGUAUAUUUAGCUGAUCAGAAUGUUCUAUGUAUAGCAUAAAGGUUUAUCUAUAAUCCUUAGUCUUAACUAAGCUGAACUGCCAUGUUUCCACAGAAGUCAUUCAAAGUAUUAGUACUCUGUUGUURCUGCUUUGUAUGGCAGCUCUGCUGAUUGUUCUUUAUAGAGUUGCCUAAUGCCUGACAUUGUGUUCCAACUUUAAACAAAACCUAUUGUUGCAAUUCUUUCAAAGGUGCAACUUGACAUGUCUGCUGCCCUCAUUGGUCAACACUUGCCCUUUGCGCAUUGAGACAUCUUGAUAACAUCUGUCACAAUCUUUUGGAACUGGUUCUGGCCAACAUCAUUCAGAGGGUGUUUACACCAAGGGUCUUUGUUAGGAUUCCUGAUUUUUAGGUACAUUUCAAAGAUGUAAAAUCUUUUCGCUGCCACAAAUAUUUCCAAAAAUAAUUCAUAGAAGCAACUUUGAGACCAAUGGUUGCAUUUAUUUUUUAUUACCUGUGAAGGAAGUACUGCAAUGUAUUCCAGCACAGUACAACUACCAACUAGACCUUGCCUUGGGUUAGGAUUAUUCUUGGGAUUUGCUUAGUCAGCAAGGAAAUUAUACGUCCCACUCACAGUCAUUUUAUCAAAAUGGCUUUUUUUAACCAACCAGCAUCUUGAACUGGCUGCUUCCUGUGGACUAUAAGUGUAGGUCAUCAGUGGCAUUUUCUAAAUAACUGUGUUACUUCAACCAAUGAUCCAAGAAGGGACAAAUGUUCCUUGAAAUGCAUUGCAGAGCAUGAAGUGUCCGCCACUCAUCGCCAUCCCAGUUUGGCAACAUUUACGUCCUAAAUAAAUAUUUUUACUUAAAAGAGCAGUAAAUAAAAACAGUUAAGCAUUUGUCCAUUUAAAUAAUUUCUAAAGGAUGUUUUUAUCCUCCCUUUUAAUGACUAAAUUUUGGAAAACAUUUACGUAAGUGAACGCUGCAAACCGAUAGUCGUCCACUGAUUAUAGUUGGGUKGUGAAAGAUGAUGUGUAGGCCUGCACAAAAUAUAUAAAUAUUAAUAUUGGAGUAUCCUUGUUCCCAGUAUUAGUUUUACAAAGUACUGCUAUAAAUUAUUUUCUGAGUGCCAUGCUUUUACACAUUUGACCCGUAAGACAGACACUCACACCAGGUUUAAAAGACCAAGAUGCCAAGGUGCAUUGUGAAUAGAGUGAUGACAAAGAAAUGAAUAAAAUGUGAGUUUGUCACACCUGAUAUUGUAUUACAUCAAAUUGGCCAGUAUUUCUUAUAUUGGGUGACCCUGGUAAUGUUCAAAUGUUUCAGUUAAUUAACUGCCAAAUAAUUAUACCUGCUCUCCAGAUUUUGUAUGAGACACAAUCUGAUGUGCUUAGGGUGGGAUUCUGUACAAAAGUCCUUCAGUUCCAGUUUAUGAUAAAUUUUACAAUUUUCAGAAAAUCAUAAAAAUUGAAUUUGAUUAUAACCUAUUGGGUCAUUAAAAUAAAUGAUUUAUUCUGCUCUUUAUGCUGGUGACAGAAUGCAUAAGAAAUGAAAUAUAAUCCUAAUAUAUAUAAAUCUUGUGAUUUAUUUACUUCUUGAUAUUUUUUUAUUAAACCUGCCCCUAAUUGCAAUUACCAGAGCAGUAGAGCUUUUCCUGAAUGUUAAAACAGUUGUAUAAUCUGGAAACAUUAUUUAUGUUUGAACUGAUCAGCUGUUUAGUUGCACACUAAAAAAGAAAUGUGCCUAAAAGCAGCAGAUUGGAAACUAAAUCACUUAAUCUAUUGUUGGGAUGUUUUCUGGGCAGAGGGCCCAACAUCACAUGUUACCUGUGGCCACCAUAUUUCCAGCAACGCUUGUUUAUUCUCAUCAUCUUUUACCUCCAGAUAUAACACACAAGGCCAAAUCAGGCUUUUCAGAAGUCUGCAGGAAUACAAUUUUCAGAUAACUUUUCAAGCUUUAUUUUGAGCACCAAUUAAAAACAUUAUAUAAGAAAUUGUUGGUGGGACAUUAAUUCUAUUUUUUCUUUCAAUCUUAGUAGAUCUGCUGUAAACCAGACAUCACUUGCACUAGGUGAGGAGGAGAAUGCAACUCAUGGAGCUUUGCAGCCAAGGUUCCUACUGAAGUCAUUCACAAGCAAUAUUUUAAGAAAGGGUCCAAUCUACAUAUCCUGCAAAACUGCAAAA